AUGGCUCUUCCGUCGCGCGCAUUCGCCGACGCGGCUGCCGCUGCUCUUCCGGCUCUCCAGUGCUCCGGGCCGGGAGCCGUUGAUGUCGCCACCGACACUUCGGGUAGUCGUCCGGCGCGCCAGGCUCGUUCGGCGCGUGCCACCACUCCUAUCGCCGCUGGUGCUGUGCCACCAGCCCCGGCCAUGCCUGCAGGUGACCCUGAGCUCCUUCCUGCCGCCUCCGAGACAUCGGUCGACCCUCCACCGGCCCCUCUAAGUAGUCCUGAGUCUGGUGCUGGGGCGACCGAGACUCCUCCGCCGGCAGUUCGCAUUGAAGAGGCUCCCGACUCGCCGCCGACACCACCACCAAGCGCCAGCGCUCCACCGUCGCCAACUCCCGCGCCUUCGGGGCACGUUGGCAACUCGCGGGGCGUCGGUGGGGUGGGGGGUGGAGGCGAGGCAGCUGUAGGAGGUCGCGCCGGAGCUGGUGCUGGCACGGCCGAGAUUCCUCCGUCAGCGGUUGUCUUGGGCGAGCAGCAGAUGCUGGAACUCGCUCGUCUCGUCGUGGGUGUUGCCCGUUUGCCUCCAGCUCGAGUCAUCCCUGCUCGCAACCUGCAAGCUGCCACUAACGUCGGUGAGGUGCUGGCCGCGGCUGUGCCCCCUGUACGUCUUCCUCUCGCGAAGUCGGAUGAGCUGGUGGAUCGCCGUCGCGACAACGAUCGGCUGCGAGAGGAGCUCGUCGAAACCCAAGACAAGCUCGACGAGGAGAUGCGUCUCCGCCAACGGGCAGACUACCUCCUCGUGACGGCCAACUCGGACUGCAACCAAGCGCUCGAGCAUCUCCAGGACAUGCGUGCCGAGCUCGCGAACUCCAAUCAGCAGUUGCUGGAGGCGAACGCAGCCAUCUCUCAGCAUGCAAACAUUACCCAAUCGUUGGAUCGCCGGACACAAACUGCAGAAGCAGACGCGGCGGCUGCUGUUCGUCGGAACGCCCAGCUUCACGAGCGCAUCAAGGCAAGCCUCGUUACCUACAACACCCAGUUGCAGAAGCUACGAGACCAGUUGUCCGACCGUGACCGAGCCGACGUCAUCCCUGCUCGCAUCAGAGCGUUGACGGACGAGAGCAACAGCUUACGACGGGCGAACUCCAUUCUUCGACGACACUCGGCAGCCCAUGGGCUCGACGUGGAUACCUUGGUCUUAGCCUCGGCUGGCAUCUCCGCAGCCGAGAUCGACUGGAACCUCCUGGGGCUGUCUCCGCCGACGGUCACUGUGGAGAGUCCGCGCCGUGACAAAUCCUCGUCCGAGCAAGAGUCCAAGACGGCUGACGUGUCGAUGGCUGAGCCCACCGAGGGUUCAUCUGCUCCCGCGGCUUCGGAGGUGGCGUCUGUUGGUUCGUCUGAGUCCACCGGGACGUUCAAGCGCAAGCGCGAUUCGCAAGCCGAGUCGGCUCCGCCGAGGGCACGGCAUCUCAGCCUUCUCCGCCCAAGCUUUUCGGUAGACCGUCGGUCGACCAGAGCUGCAGCGGCCGCUGGGUUAUCUAGCCCUCGGUCAGCAUCGGGUGAGGUUCUUGCACCGCCUCCGUCGGCGCCACGACCCUCAACGACGUUUCAGACUAGCCGGCUGGAUUCCCAGCCUCUUCCGUACGAGCACUCGGACUUUCUCAGCCAGCUCGGUCUCCGCCUCCGCGGGACGAGGGGUCUCCCGACUUCGGGUUCGGCGGCGCUGGAAGUCCAGAUGACGUCCCUGGAGGCUGGAGGCACCUCUUCCGAGGCUCCUGCUACCACCACCGAGUCUUUGCCUGCCAUCCCGGUUCCCGAAGCUGCGUCGAUCGUGUCCCAAGGUCUGUCGGCCUCGAGAAGCUCGACAUCGGCUCCUCUAACGAGGGCUGCUGCUGGCCCCGGUGGCUUAUUACCUCCCGGGGACUCGCCAGAGGGAGGGUCGUCGGAUAGCUCGGAGACCUCGGAGGAUCGUGCAGCCCUCAUGCAAGAGAUGUUUGGCUCCGACGUCGAAGCAGAAGCCUCGGCUGCACAACAUACAGGUCCUGCAGCACCUCCGGAGUCUCAGGCUACGACGACCGAGGCUCCUGCGGCUCCCCAGGCUGCUUCAGCUGCACUACUUCAUCGACAUUACACUCGGUCGACUUCGGUUCACGCUCACGCGUUGGUGACAGCCACAGUGACUGCCACACCGAGGGCUGGCCCUGUUUUUAUCGCCCCUGCGGUGGUCGCCCCUUUCCUUUUGUAA